CUCGGUGAUCACAACAAGGGUACAGCCUAAUUUAGACAAACACAGACUCUAGUCUUAUAUACGAUGUCAUACGGAUCUUCUGCUGCCUCUAGACUUGCAAACAAGGUCGUGUUGAUCACCGGAGCCUCCGCUGGUAUCGGGGAAGCGACGGCCCAGGAAUUUGCCGAAGCCGCUAAGGGCCAAGUCAAAUUAAUCUUGACGGCCAGAAGAAAGGAUAAGUUGGACGCCUUGAAGGACGAAUUGACGAAACAGUAUCCAAACAUCCAGGUCUUGACGGUGGAAUUGGACGUUAGUGAGAUCUCCACCAUUGUCCCGUUUGUGGAGAAAUUGCCUGCCGAGUUUAAGGAAAUCGAUAUCUUGGUCAACAAUGCGGGUAAAGCGCAAGGUGUGGACAGAGUUGGCGAUAUUGCAAUGGAAGAUAUUGAGGUUAUGAUUAACACCAACGUCUUGGGGCUCUUUACGUUAACGCAAGCCGUGGUGCCAGGGAUGCAGCAACGAAACCGGGGUGAUAUCGUCAACUUGGGUUCUAUCGCCGGUAGAGAUCCGUAUCCCGGCGGAGGUAUCUACUGUGCCUCUAAGGCUGCGAUCAGAUCCUUUAGCCACUCGUUGAGAAAGGAGUUGAUUAACACGAGGAUCAGAGUUUUGGAAAUCGAUCCGGGCAACGUCGAGACGGACUUUUCCAUCAAUAGAUUUGGGGGCGACAUCUCCAAGGCUAAGCUGGUAUAUGCUGGGACAGAGCCUUUAGUUGCGGUCGAUGUUGCCGAACUCGUCUUGUUUGCUUGCACCAGAAAAGAAAACACCGAGAUUGCUGAGCAGUUAGUGUUUUCCACUAACCAAGCAAGCGCUUUCCACUUGUUCAAGCAGCAGAUUUAAAAGAGGCAAGCAGAGCCUAUAUAUUUAUAGGCAGGCAGAGCCUAUAUAUUCGUAGGAAAGCAGAGCUUAUAUGUUCAUAGACAACCUUAUCUCUAUAAAAUGUAUUAAGAUCUAUAAUAACCCUACAGGUUUCAUGCAUACAAGUCCUGCUACGCUGAACCGGACUAGUGGACUCCCCCAUUAUUCCUCAAGAAUCUUCUUUACCAAGCCGUUAAACUCCUCUGGAUUGUCCAUGUACAAGUUGUGGCCGGCCUUGCUGACCUUGUAGAACUCAUUCUUACCUCCACCGUUCAUAGUGUUGAUUUCGUUCGCAAUCAUCGCACCGGCCUCACCAUUCAUCCAGUCGAACUCACCGUAGAUCCAGUAGAUGUUGCUGAUUUUGGCCAUCUUGUCCAAUCUCCCAAACAACGGGUUUUUAGCCAUCACCGCCCCGUUCA